AAGAGUACUACAAAAAGGAGCACACUAAUAAUAUUUGUAAUUUGAUACAUAGUGAACAACCACAAAAUAUUCUGAAACAUACAUGAAAGCUUCUUCAAUAGAUGCUUUAUUUGUAUUUGCAGAUAAUUCUAUGUCUAGCUAAUCACUUGAGUGUAAUUAUUCAAUGAUUUCGAAAUACUUAGUUGUCUCUUUCUUAUUAUCUCCAACUGAAUUAUAUGUUCCUGUAUUUGGGUUUGUUAUUUAACUUGAUUAAAAUGAACCAAAUUUGUAUUGAAACCAUCCAGUAUUUUCAUCUCCAUAAGUAAAAUUUAACCUGUAACUUACUUUAUAGUGAGGACGAAGAGAAUAAAAUGAUUUUUUGAAUGUUCCAGAUUUCCAAACUAAAACACCU